UUUUCGCUAAAAUAGCUCGGUUUCUGACAAAAUAUCCUGAAAUUGAGUGAAAACAAGUCGCAAAUACGCUCGUGAACUCGAAAAAAGUGCGGAUUUUGCCUCAAAUCAUACAAAAAUGUCUAAAAAUUAAGAAAAUUCAAAUCCAAACAAACAAAGAAGGCAUUUCCGGGGAAAAGCUGCCUUUCCGGUGCGACGGCGUGAAUUGAAACUAACGAAACAGCGCCCCCUAUGCAGCAUCAGUUCCAUUCGUCUCACACGAAGACUUGGAUCGUUCUUCGGGGAAGACGAGCGACAAAAUUCUCGAAAAAAAAUUGCAAUUCCCCCGCAGCCCGGGAAGCUAUUUAAGUUCCCGCGACAAAAAAUUAUCUGUAAAAGUGGAAAAUCAUCGGGAUUCGUUGAAAUUUCCCGUUUUUUUAGGAGAAAAUUCUGUACGCGAAUCCGAGUAACAGUACUACCGAGCAACGCAGGCAACAUUAAAUGCGAAUUUGUUGUCGUUUGUCGCUCCGUUCGACGUGUCAAUCCGCUAAAAACUCAAAAUACACGGAAAUAAUUAACAUGAUUGUCUGUUUAGCGUAAGGAAAAUCGCCCAAAAUGAGUCAGAAUUAUAACAAAGGUAAUGACGGCGGACAUUAUUACAUCGCUGGCGGAGGUCAGCCGACAAAUGUGCCCCAAAACAUGCCAAACAUGCGGAAUCAGCAGCAACAGCAACCGCAAAACCCUCAGAAUCCGCAUCAGCAGCCGGGAUUGUACCCGGGGCAAAUUCCCGUCUCGAAUGCUCACGACUUGAAACAAUUACAAGGCAUGGCAACUGCUUUUCCGAUGUAUCGACCGCCUACGGCAUACCCGAAUGCGGCAAUGAUGGUGAAUCCGAUGCAGGGACAUCAACGACAGAAUUUCAUCGCAGCUGCGGGAGCACCGAAUAUGCAACAAAUUCCGACGGCAUUUUAUUUUUCGAAUCCCGCCGCCUUUUCGUAUGGGUUGGCACAACGUGCGCAAACGCCCUUUGCUCGUGCCCCGCAACCGCAACAAAUGCACUACGCAUACCAGCCAAUUCCGCAGAACGUUUAUGCGUUUCCGCAUCAACAAAUUUCCACACAUCGACAUCCCAUUCCGCCACAGAUGCAAGCUCAAUUACCGCCGGGCGCGAAUUCGGCAGGCGGCGCUCCGCCCAAUGGCAUCACGAAUCUUCCGCCGCAGGAAAAUAUGGCACUUGGCACGCCAAUUAUCGCAAAUGCGCCAUCGCAUCCGCCGCCUGCUCAAACGCCGACGCAACAAAUGCCCGUUGCGGUUCAACCGACGCCUCCCGUAGUGCCCAUUGUUCCUGCUCCGCCUGUUUCGGCACCCCCUAUCGAGAAACGCGAACGAAAAAUGCUGAAAAUCGUGCAUCCAGACACGAACGAGAACAUUCUCGAUACCUUGGAGAUUGCGAAAAAAUCGGAUAAAGUCGAGACAUCGACAAUUCCCGCGCCAGAUUAUCUCGUGGGAGCUGCUGGAGGUCAAAUUACGUUACCUCCCCAUUUACCUCUCAUGUUCGAUGGAAAGCAUUACGGAAACGAUCCCAUUUGGACUCCCGAGCAACAUUUGCAACAAACGACGCCCGUUGUCUCGGCAAAUGUCGAUGGUCCGUCAGUUGUUCCCAAACAAAUACCCAAAAAGACUCCAAAACCUGUAAAUACUGCAGUAGCAACUGCUUCUCCGCCUCCGCAGACACAAGUCACUGCCGUUCCCUCUCCGCAAAACGAAAAAUCAUCCCCGAUCGACGUUGAAUUAGACACCACGGAAGAAAUUGAUGUCGUCACAGUGGAUGAAAUGCCCGAAAAACCCGUUUCAGAAGUCGAUGCGCUCACAGAAACCCUCGAAAAAGUCACGAUCGACGAAAAUCCCGCAGAAAAUCCAACAGAAACGGAAGAAAUUGCGGAGGAAAGUCCAUCAACGACAACCGUUGAGACGCAAAAUAAUCAACCAGAAGAGGUUAUCGCCGAAAUUACAAACAACACGGCGGACCAAAAGUUGUCAACAAGCGAAACGAGUGACGGUGAUAAGAAAAAAUCGACACAAACAGCAAUUGACGAGCCCGAUCGCGCUCUCGGCUUGCCCAUGGAUCUGUCAAAUCUCCCGGAAGAGACGAAGAAAAAUUUCUUGCUCGUCAUGGAAAAGUACCAAGGCGAACUCGCGAUGAAAGAUUCGUCAUCCGCCGUCAAUAAUAACGGAGUUUUGGAGAAACAAUCCGCGAUGCAGCAGCAACAGCAACAAGAUCCUGAGUCGGAGGACGAUGAUGCCGAUAAAGAGAACAACAUUCAAAACAAAAAGUCGCAACAAGAGAGCACAACACUGAAGCCUCUCAUCGAGUACCACAAAGAGCAAUGGAGUCCCGACAAUCCGAGCGGCAAAAAGUAUUACACAGUCGAGCAAUUACUGCAACUGGGCAAACAAGUUGCCGCCACAAAAUCCGGCAGCUUAAAGAUAAAUCCGCACAUCCAGAACGCCCUUAUCUCAACGAAACAAUUCCAGGUCGACUCGUUCUUGCAAAAGCAUCGUACUAACAACCAAAGCAGCAAAUUCAACUUGAACCGCCCGUCGCAGGGCAAUCGGGGCAUGCAUGCGCUCAACGCCAAGAUGCUCGGCAUGCAAAAUGCCAAACAGCAGGCGGACACAAUCAAGAUCUCGUUGUCGUUGCACGAAGACGUCAAGCUGAAGGAGACGCCGAACGCGUGGAAACCCAAACAUCUCGCGAACGACAACAGCCUGAGCGAAGACGAUCGCCAGCUGCGUAACUUGACUGAUAAUUUCCGAUGUGUCUUAAACAAAUUAACGCCCGAGAACUUUGCCGUGCUGCUGAAAGAGGUGAAGCAGUACCAAAUUAAGAAAAUUGAGCAUUUGCACGCGUGCAUCCAGCUGAUUUUCGAAAAGGCCAUUGCCGAGCCGAAUUUUUCCGUGACGUAUGCGGAGAUGUGCAAGGAACUUUCGACGAUUUGCGUGAGCGGCGGCGACGGAAAUACCAAACAGCAGUUCAAAAACUGCCUCAUCAAUCAGUGUCAAACGGAAUUCGAGAAUGCACACAAAAUUAAGUCGUCCAAAGAUCGCAUCGACUUGCUCGACAAGGAGCUCGAUCCGGUCAAGAAGGAAGAAUUACGCGAAAAUCUCGAGGAAGAGGACUACCGGAUGCGAAAACGGGCUGUCGGCACGGUUCGUUUCAUCGGCGAACUCUACAAAAUUGAUCUGUUAACAAUCAAAAUCAUGCACACGUGUGUCUCGUUGCUCCUUAAACCCGACACGAUGGAUGAAGAGUCACUCGAAUGCUUGUGCAAACUUCUCACGACAGUCGGCAAAAAGAUGGAAACCGAUUCGCGCGAUUGUCUCAGCGAAUAUUUCCAUCAGUUGCAGGGAAUUAUAGGGAAAAAGUCGGAAUACAAGAUUAGUAGUCGAAUUAAGUUCAUGAUUCAAGACUUGAUUGAUUUGCGGCAUUCGCGAUGGAUUUCGCGUCGUAAUGAUUUCAAUCCGAAAACCAUGGGACAGAUACAGAAAGAGGUCGAAAGGGAACAAUUGAACAUCCAAUUGCUGAAUUACAAUCAGGGGCCCGGAAAUAUGGGACACAAUCAACAAGGCGGGCGAAAUCGGUAUGAUCGGGGGGCACGUGGAGGCCCACAAAUGAAUUAUAAGCCGGAAAAGUUCUCGUUGGACUCCAAAAAGAUGGAUUUUAGUCGACUUGGCAACAUGGAAAGCGAGUCGAAACCAUUGGGUCAAGCGGGUUUCUUCCAAAAAUGGGGAAAUACUCACACUCAGGGUGCUAACAAAUUCCAAAACGACGACGAUCGCGAUGAUCUCUCGGAACGCGGCGGCGAUCGCGAGCAUCGUCACCAACAAAUGCCUCCGCCCGGCUUUCAUCACAAUCCGCAACAUCAUUAUCACGGAGGAGGAGGAGGAAAUGGCGGAAAUGGUCCUCCCUCCCUUCCCAUGAUGCAUCCCUUUGGCAAUAACAACAACAAAAAUCGCGGCAAUGGCGGCGGCGACAAAGACAUGUAUCGUCGUGGCUCGAACGAAUAUCGUCGCGAUUACCGCGAUAAUCAUCACGAAAACAAUCGUUACAACAAUCGCGGCGACCGAAAUGACUCGCUGAGUCGCAGUAGUAGCUUUAACCGGAAUCUGGGACCUCCGCCGGGCAUGAUGCAAAACCAACAACCGCAACUUCACACAUCGUCCUCGACAUUGUCUUCACGAUUGAGUAGCAGUUCGGGACGGGGAAGCGUCGAUAGUCAUAGUAAUUUGUAUACAGGAAACCGCAGCAGUACCGCAAGUGAUAAGAGACGUUCGCACGAAGAGAAAAUCGAGUGUGCGCAGCCAAGUGACGACAAACGUGACACUUUGAGGAAAGUUUUCGAAGGAAUCUUUCUGGAUUACGUGAAUUCGCGCGAAAAUAAAAUCGCAAUUGAGGAUUUUCAUGCGAUUGAGCGGCAAUAUCGAUGGGCGGCGAUUUACGAAUGCGCUCUGAAGGUGUUGGAUAAUCGUGCGGAGGAACGCGACAUGCUCGCGAAACUGUGCGUUGUAUAUAUUCGGGAUGGCAGUGAGACGUUGACAGUCCGGGAACUCGUAAAAGUGUUCGGAUCGUUGUGCGAGGAGGCUGCCGUGGAAUUAGUGAAGGAUGUGCCCAUGAUUUGGACCUACAUCGCCGAGUACCUGAGUCCGUUGUUGCGCGAAGAGGUCUUGCGCAUGCAAGAUUUGCUCGUGAUCAGCGAAAGUUGCUUCCCGACGCGCAAAGGGCACGAGUUGCUACUUGCCGUGCUGCAGCGCCUCAGUCAAAUGUACGAUUUUGAGACGACGCGCGACUUGUGGUGCAAUUCGGGACUCACGUGGGACAAAUUCAUGCCGGAAAACACGUGCGAGCAUGUUGCCGAAUUUGUGCAAAAGCACGCCCUCAUCGCCGCAUUAGACAAGGUAAGUAGUAAUAGUAGUAAUAAUAACGUUAGUAAUAGGGGCAGUGGCCUGGCGCAACAGAGACAAAGCGAUUAUGACGCCAUCGAACGAUCCAUUUUGCAAUUUUGCAAGCGCGAGCAUCCCGAUGACACGCGACUUCGUCAAUUCGCCGACGACUGGCUCGCGAAAUGCAACACCACGAUGGACGAUCCGAAAUUUAUGCGCGCUUUCACUGCAGCUGGCAUCAUGUAUUGCCUGGAUGAAAAACCGGAGCCGAAAAAUUACGCGUUGAACGACAAACGAUUCGUGCCCGUCAAAAAUGCUCUCAAAUUUUACGUGUACAAGAGAACGCAUCGCGAAAUUGAAUCUCUGACGGGCAUUCAGCGCGUGCUGUCAUCGCUCGAUUAUCCAAAGUCCUUGUUGCAUAACAUUUUCUCCCAAUUGUACGAUGAAACUGUGAUUUCACGCAAAGGAUUCCUUAGUUGGUAUCACGACAAAGACGCGUCGCACAGAAAUGGCGUCGCCAAGUCUCUGAUACGCCCGUGGCUCAUGAACAUUUCCGAAGAGGGCAGUGAACAUAGUUCGGGCGACGAAAAUAAUUAAUUUUUUUUUAAGAAUUACAGCUCUUUAAAUUAUAAUAUAUACAAAAAAAAAAUAUAGAAUUACAAAGUAAUUAUAAAAUAAAUAAAAAAAAAAAUUAAAUUAAAAAAAAUAAAAUUAGUGAGAUGUCGACGAAAAAAAAAAUUAAUUCGCAUUUCGAAUUAUUUUUUAUAAAUGUAACAAAUUCCCCUUCAUUACCUUACAAAAAAAAAUCCUAAAAAAAUAUUAAUAUUAAUUCCCUUCGCAGGAAAAGAAAAUUAAAAAUAUUAAAGAGAACAAAAAGAAAUCAAGAAAACGCAAGUUUAA